AUGUUCCGUGCCGCUGCCGAAUGCCAGCUCUCGCUGCAGCAGCAGCAGCAGCAGCAGCAGCAGCAGCAGCAGCAGCAGCAGCAACAGCAGCAGCAGCUGGCAAUGUCUCCUGGGAUUCAGGCGACAGCAACAGUCGGCAGCAGCAGCAGCAGCAGCAGCAGCAGCAGCAGCAGCAGCAAUGCCGAGUGUCAGCAGCAGAAGCAGCAGCACGAGGCCGCUUAG